AUGGACAAAUUAUCUGAUGAGCACCUAGAAGUCUUGACAGCCAAUGCUGUUGAACUUGUGAAAAAGCUGACAAAGGCGAAAUUGGUAUUACCCCAUGGUGCUACUUUUAGAGAUCACACUUCAAGAUAUACGAGAAAACCAAUUCCAGUGAUUCACUCUGACCUGUCACCAUCAGGGGCUAAAUACAUGAAAAACAAUAUAAAACAACGUUUCUUGCAGUCGACGGAUCCAAAGGAGGUUCAAUUUGGACAGUACUUGCAGGAAGUCGAAGACAAUCACCUUGGUUUUUGUGCGUGGAAUUCACUCGUGGAAGAAGAUGCCAUAAAAUCAAACAUCAUACCAACAAGUGCUGGAAAUGCACUUCAGCCAUGGAAGUACAGAAAGGGUCAGAAAUGGUAUUACUUGAAAAACCAGCAGCCUAACGAAGUAUAUGUAUUCUUGCAACACGAUGACCGCGCAGCCGACGGACACGGGAUCAAUACUCCACAUGCAGCCUUUAGACUCGAAGAUCAAGCGGGAGAAUCUAUAAGAAUGAGUUUUGACGCUAAACUCAUUGCAAUUAUUGAUCCACCUGAACGACCACUUUCAAAAGGAAGUAAGCACACCAAAUCAGUCGUUGAGAAUUUCAAAUGGAAUGCAUGGAGAACGCCCAAAAAAUGGAAUUCUGAAUAA